AUGGUAUUAUUCUAUGUGCAAAGAUGUAAAAUAUAUGACCAGUUGGCAAAAGAUGAUGAAACUGUGGAUUGGAGUCACAUUAUUCAGUAUAAUGCCGCGCGGCCUAGAGCAGUUGUCUGUCUUUGGCUUGUGUACCAUAGGAGGUUGGCGACAAAAAGUAGGCUCAAAAGGUUAGGCCUGCUGCAGGAGGAUGUGUGUAGCCUGUGUAACGAGCAAGAGGAGGAUAUCGACCAUCUGAUGUUAAACUGUGGUGUUACAAAGCAUGUGUGGCCGACGAUUUUGGAUUGGCUUGAGGUGAAACAUAAGUCGGGUCAGUGGCAAGUGGAGAAAAAGUGGGUUGUGCAAAAUACCAAAGGAAAAGGAUACCAUUCUUACAUGCUGAAAAUCGCUAUUGCCGAAACUGUGUAUGGUUUAUGGAUGUAUCGCAACAAGUGUGUCUUUGGUACAGAUGCUAAUGAAGAUGCAACAAAAAUUGUUCCCAGGAUCAUAGACUCUAUUGUAUAUAGAGGUUGGUUAAAAGUCAAAUAUAGGAAGAGAAUAGGUUUGCUUAUGAUGUAA